AAGGUCAAUAAGUCAUCGUGUGACUCGUUUUAUUAACGGCAUUUUCUUAUUUAUAGUUAGAUUAGACAGGCCUUCACAAAAGGGAAUUCCAUUACCAAAAAAUGUGUACUUUGGUCACCUAGGUGUAAAGCAGUGUGCGCGCAUUAACUCUUAAGUUACAGUAGAAGAUUGGUUGAAUGAACUCUUAUCAGGUAACCCCCAGAACCGACAUGAUCAUGGUAAGCAGGUUUUAGGUUAAUCAACCGAAAGUUCAGAGUUUCGCUAAUGGUAAGUUAACUCCGCUUUCUGGAAUACACCCCUGGUCGAGUACUAAAAUGCUUAUCUAACUUAUCACUCCGCUGUCUUUUUAUGUCAUAUUUGAUUUUGUUACAAUUAGCUAAUAAAAUAUUUCAAAUCAGUAUUUGUGUCUGUCUACUGUAAGCUGACUAGCGCUCCCUAAAGGAAUUUAACUGGUGUCACGGCUUCUUCAAAUGUUUUUGAGAAGCACAUCACUUCCUACUCCCUUUCCGUUUUCAUUACUGUAACUGUAUGUGCUCGGAGUGCCAACCAAGGUGCCUACUCCUGAAACAUGAAUGUUUACAGACUCGCCGUUAGUUUAUGCUGUCUGAUGAUGGUCGAAGAUUUGGGCGAGUGCAGGCUGAUGCGCAGGAGACGCGAGGACUGUGAGUACGGGACUUACCUACUAAAGGGGAAAACCUGCUGCCUCUGCCCCUCCGGUUUCAGUGCCAAAGACUUCAAUAACUGUACCGACAAAGUUGUAACAAAUUGCGAACCAUGUGGGCCUAACUCCUUUACGACACAACCAAACAGUGAAUCCAGUUGUCACGGCUGUAAAAUCUGUGAUCCUAAUGCUGGAAUGGAGACAAAAGAAAAAUGUUCGCCCUCUUACAACACUGUCUGUGGGUGUAUGGAGGGUCACUACUGUGACAAAGGUGACCUAUGCAGGGUGUGUCAACCUUGUGACACGUGUGAGGAAAGAGGAGUAAAAAUACAUUGCACUUCUACCAACAAUACCGUGUGCAACGAUGCUGUUGAUUCUAAUGGCAAAAUUAUUGGGGCUGUUAUUGGUGUUUUAGUGGCACUUUUGGUCGUGGCUUUGAUAGUGUUUGUUCUAUGGAGAAAAAAGAUUUGUUUUAAGGACAAAACAGAGGAAAAGACAGUCCCACCGGAAGAACUCAUAGAUGUUGACCUGAAUCCUUACAUCGAAGAUAUUGCUUCAAUUAUGAAACCAGCAAUGAUGAGAAGGGUUGCCCGGCGCACUGGCAUGCCUCCCGUCGACAUUGAACAACAUCAGGAAAACCACCCAAAAGAUGUGAAGGAACAGACCUACAGACUUCUGCAGGACUGGUAUGAGUUUCAGGGUUUGAGCAAAGCCUACCCAACCCUUCUCAAAACACUUCAGGAACAGGGGCAUAAAACAACGGCAGAUCAGAUAAGGAAAAUCGUCAAGAGAGACGAGGCUACAGCUAAGUUAAAGACUGUAAACGAAAACAGUAUACUUUAAAAUAAGAUCAAUCUGUCAGAGCUACAGUAUAGUCUUGUGGGCAGCUCUUUGACAUGUGACACAGCAGUGCUUGGAUAGCCGGAUUUCAAAGUCUGGCUUGAGUCCUGUUCUCUUCUGUUGUUUCAUGUUGAUCUUUACUGGAUUAUCUAAUAGGACUGGGCAAAAAAAUAGUUUUUUCGAUUAAUAUUUUUUUUUUAACCUGGUCGAUUCAAAAUCGAUUCUCAAAGGCCACAAUUUUGAAAAAAAUGAAAUAACUUGAUCCUGUUUGAUCAAGGAAUGACUUUUUUCAGCAUACAUUUUUCAUCUUGCAUCAGAAUUGUAUUGUAUUUAACAUAAUUGUAUGCAUUUGAAAAUUAGAGAUGGGUUCUGUUUUAAUGUACCCAAGUGUACCUAAAAUAAAAGAGUUUAAUAUACAGGUUUGUGGCUAUUAAUUUCUUUUGAUUAAAGGGAUAGUUCAGCCAAAAAUGAUAUUAAACCCAUGAUCUAC